AUGGAGGGCCAGGAAUUCACCGACACGGACUCAUCCUGCCUAACAGAUACAAGCUGUGACGAGCCUUUAUCAGCAGACGACAACACUGCAUGGACCCCCCAGAGAUCAGCUCCUGUGCCGAGACGAGCUGCCAGACGGGUCUUCACAAACAGCCGUGAACGAUGGCGACAACAAAACGUGAAUGGUGCAUUUUCCGACUUGCGUCGUCUCGUGCCGACGCACCCACCAGAUAAGAAACUCUCCAAAAAUGAGAUCCUUCGAUUGGCUAUCCGAUACAUUCGACUUUUGUCUUCUAUUUUGGAGUACCAGAAGCCAAGGAGGAUCAGACGACACGAGACGAUACGAGUGAAGACGGAACCACCGGAUCCAUUGCCUGAUCCGGGUACUCCUCCGAGUUCACCAGCAUCUAGUCUCAGCAGUGUGGGUCCCAACGAUUAUACGGACCAUGUGCAAAUGUGA